UAGCACACCUAAUGGAGUACUUAAGAACAAGAGCCAUACCUAGUACCCUCAACCCCAAGUUCUGCGGCACAGCUCCAAUUUCGCCUAAUUCCCGUGACGUUCCAGACUGCUGAAUCUGCGCUGAGUCUGCUUUUCGAUUCUGUCGAGUCUGUCAUCUGCUUCGUCAUCUGUACUGUGAAACACUGGCCGUAAGUUACUCCAGAUUCCGUUGUGUUCUUAGUCACAUAUUUCGAGCUCUGCAUUUAAUUCUCCAUCCCAGGGUCAUACAAGGAGACACGACAGUCGUGAGAUAAGUUGAAGAACUGCUUACAGGAUACUGUACGUUUUAGAUUGGUGAGAUUUCGAGAAACAUCAUAAGAACAAGACAUCUAUCAUCCUAAGAUGGCGGAGACAGUUGGCAAUGGCGCUGCAACAGCCACAAGCACCACCACAUUUGAAGUAUCCGUGCUUCGGUGUAGGAAGACGGGUCGAGUACUGCUUCUGGAGGCAGGGAAGGACUUCGUUGAUACGCUUUUCAGCUUCCUCCUUCUGCCAAUCGGCAUCAUUAUUCACAUGCUGAAAAAUGCAGCAGGUGGUCGAGUGAAGGCUUUGGACCUCGGAAUCUCAAGUUUACAUAAAAGCGUGGAAAAACUAGACCGCUCUUUCCUUCAUGUGGACAAGGCAAGUCUUACGCAAAUCAGGCCUGCUGUGGUCGACACAUGCGUGUCGACAGGUCUGCUCCAAUGCCUGGAAGCAGGAGAGACAAAGCCGCGUCCCGCCACAUUUGAAUUGCCUGGAGUUUAUUAUCGGACCAACUGCGUUUGCUAUGGCAGCCAGAACAAACUUUCAAGCACUCGCGGUACUCGCUGCACACAUGGUUGUGGUACUUACAAUCAGGAAAUGAGACUUCUCUCCGGAGAUCGUGAAAGUCUGGAAAAGGGUAUACUUGACAAAUUAGUCCACGACCUAGACCUUGAGAAAGCCACUUGUUCUAGCGACCGAGGAUUUGUGAGGGAGAACGUGACUUACAUGGUAACCGACAAUCUGGAGGUCAUGCCCUCCACAACCGUUAGAUGUAUCCAAGUGCUUAAUAAACUCAAGGUCGCCACUCUUGCUGAUCUGGAGAGCACUGACGUCAGUAUCGGCAUCAUCGAGAUCCUCCAGUUGCUGCAAGCGGCACUUUCCUCAAGUACUUGCCUCGAUGAUAUUUUUACCAAGAAAUGAUGUUACAAACGUUCCAGUACCAUCAAGGUUCCGAAGAUGGCAAAUCACUCUUUUGGCAAGAGGUAAUAGUUCGUGUUUAGGGGUCAAUUCCAGUUUCCGAAUAUGCGAAGUAGAACGAAGCAACAUAUUCCCCCAAGAACGGUACUUGUAUCCCUUUAUACUUGUGCGGACAAAUAGCUAUUAUUCCUUGAAGACUGAUUUCUAUUAUGGUAUUAAAUUUUCGAACCAGUUUAUACAUCCUUGUAUUGAGUGCAACUUUUUCCAGUUCAACAUGCAUAACGUGAUUCAGUACAGUAAUCAUUUGUAGGUUGUAACACUCGUAAUCACUAGAACUAAUUCGUUUGUUAGAAAUUCCACUAUGUUACGAUAUGUUGUAUUUCCAAGACUGCGAAAUAUUUAAGUUACGACUAGACAUUAUUCUUCUUUCUCUGGAAAAGAGGAUGUAUCACAUUGAACUUU